AGGUAUAUCAAUCACAAAACAAAUUAAUCCACAAACCAUUGGGAAAGAAGAUACAUCAAACUAAUUAUCUACCAUGCUUUCUGCUAUUAAUUAUUCCCUUCUUGCAACCAUUUUCUUAGUGCUAACCUUAAUUUUUCCUUCAGAAGGCCAAUUGAGUUCAACCUUCUAUUCUAGCACAUGCUCCAAUGUGUCUUCUAUAGUGAGGAGUGCUGUUCAGCAGGCUCUUCAAUCUGAUUCACGAAUUGGUGCAAGCCUCUCUCGCCUCCACUUUCAUGAUUGCUUUGUCAAUGGGUGUGAUGCGUCCAUUUUGUUAGACCAAGGUGGUAACAUCACACAAAGUGAGAAAAAUGCUGCUCCCAACGUCAAUUCCAUUCGAGGCUUUGAUGUUGUUGAUAACAUCAAGAGCUCCCUCGAAAGUUCAUGCCCUGGAGUUGUAUCUUGUGCUGAUAUUCUUGCUCUUGCAGCAGAAUCUUCUGUGUCCUUGUCAGGAGGACCUUCAUGGAACGUACUACUUGGAAGAAGGGACGGUUUAACUGCAAACCAAGCUGGUGCCAAUAGUUCCAUUCCCUCUCCAUUUGAGAGCCUUGCCAAUGUCACUUCCAAAUUCUCUGCUGUUGGCUUAGACACAACCGAUCUCGUUGCAUUAUCUGGUGCACACACUUUUGGUCGUGCCCAAUGCCAAUUUUUCUCCCAAAGGUUAUUCAACUUCAGUGGCACAGGAAGCCCUGAUCCAACCUUGAACUCAACCUAUUUGGCCACUCUUCAGCAAAAUUGUCCCCAAAGUGGGAGUGGAUCUACAUUGAACAACCUUGACCCUUCUACCCCUGACACUUUUGACAACAACUAUUUCACCAAUCUUCUCAUCAACCAAGGUCUUCUCCAAACAGAUCAAGAACUCUUCUCCUCUAAUGGCUCUUCCACAAUCUCCAUCGUUAACAACUUUGCCAACAACCAAUCAGCCUUCUUCGAAGCUUUUGUGCAGUCAAUGAUCAACAUGGGUAACAUCAGCCCUUUGACUGGAUCCCAAGGAGAAAUUAGAACUGAUUGUAAGAAAUUGAAUGGAAGUUGAAAAGAGAGACAGAGAGCAUAAGACAAUAUCUACAAGAAGUUGUAGAAUCUUGAUACAACAUAUAGUUUUGAUUUUGCAUUUGUGUAUGUGAGUGUAGCUAAGAUAUGGUUAAGCAAUUGAUGUAGGUCAAGUUUUUGCAUGUGUGUACGUCCCAGGGGAUUUAUAGUUUUGUUUUUGCCGGUGUCAAGGACCACAAAAUGGUUUAGAUUUUUCUUUUUCCAAUGAGAAAUUAUUACCCCUUCUAUAUAGGUGUUUUUUUUUAAUCAUGGUAUUAAGUGGUGAUUAAUUUUUCUCAUCAAUUCAUGAACACACAUAAAGUAUUUUUCUUUUAGUA